AUGAUAAGACAGUCCGGUGAUUCGGUCUACUCGAUCGCCUGGUCGCCAGAUAGAAGCCGACUUGCAUCAGGGUCUUAUGAUAAGACAGUCCGGGUCUGGGAUCUAACCACCGGCCAGACCGUAUCCACUCUCGAGGGGCAUGGUGACUUGGUCUUCUCAAUCGCCUGGUCGCCAGAUGGAAGCCGACUUGCAUCAGGGUCGAAUGAUAAGACAGUUCGGGUCUGGGAUCCAACCACCGACCAGACCGUAUCCACUCUCGAGGGGCAUAGUCACUCAGUCCUUUCGAUUGCCUGGUCGCCAGAUGGAAGCCAACUUGCAUCAGGAUCGUCCGAUAACACAGUUCGGAUCUGGGAUCUAACCACCGGCCAGACCGUAUCCACUCUCGAGGGGCAUGGUGAUUCUGUCUACUCGAUCGCCUGGUCGCCAGAUGGAAGCCAACUUGCAUCAGGAUCGUCCGAUAACACAGUUCGGAUCUGGGAUCCAGCGACCGGUCAGACCGUAUCCACUCUCGAGGGGCAUGGUGAUUCUAUCUACUCGAUCGCCUGGUCGCCAGAUGGAAGCCGACUUGCAUCAGGAUCGUCCGAUAACACAGUUCGGAUCUGGGAUCUAACCACCGGCCAGACCGUAUCCACUCUCGAGGGGCAUGGUGAUUCUGUCUACUCGAUCGCCUGGUCGCCAGAUGGAAGCCGACUUGCAUCAGGGUCUUAUGAUACGACAGUCCGGGUCUGGGAUCUAACCACCGGCCAGACCGUAUCCACUCUCGAGGGGCAUAGUGAUUCGGUCUACUCGAUUGCCUGGUCGCCAGAUGGAAACCGACUUGCAUCAGGGUCGGAUGAUAACACAGUCCAG